GCCCAGCUUGCCUCUCGCACCAACCCCUACCCAUCAUGCCGCCCGCUGCACCCACACCCGCAGCGCCUGCUGCUGCUGCGGCACCCGCCGCGCCCGCGUCGCCGCCCGAGGAGGUGCUGCUGGCGCUGCUGCGCCACAACCUCGCCCUCGUCGCCCGCUCCGUCGCCCACCUCGAGCCGCGCUUCACGGCGCGCGCACUGCGGGCGCUGACGACGACGCGCCGCCGUGUCACAGCGCAUCCUGCUGUGCUGGCGACGGCCGUGCAGGAAAGCAUCGCUGCGGACGAUGCACGGGCUGCUCUGCUGCGUCUCCUGCCGCAGGCCUACACGCCCAUGCCCGUCAAGACGCCCACUGCGCCUGCCGCCAAGGAGAGCAGCGAUGCCAUGGACGUGGAUGCGCCGGCUGGCGAUGCCAAGAAGCCGGCCAAGGACACCAUCGCCAAGAGCGACAGCAAGGCCAAGGACGACAAGGAUGCAAAGGCCAAGGAGCCCGCCAAGCCCGCGGCGCCGGUGCUUGACCAGCCGUUCAAGCCGUCGCCUGAGGCUGCGGCGGAGCUGGAGGCAUACAUGAACCUGCUGGUGGUCGUGUACCUGCUCGACAGCGGCCGUGUGCAGGAGGCACUGCCGCUCGCUCGGUCUGCCCUGAGCGCCGCGACGGCGCAGAACCGCCGCACGCUGGACCAGGUCGCGGCGCGCCUCAUCUUCUACCUGUCGCGCUGUGUCGAGCUGGCUGCGAAGGCUGGCAGCGGCAGCGGCCUUGCUGGAGAGCGUCCCUUCCUGAUCUCGCUGCACCGCACCUCGACGCUGCGUCACGAUCCCGAGACGCAGGCGACGGUCAUCAACCUGCUGCUGCGGUCGUACAUCGGCGAGGCCAACCUGCUUGACCAGGCCGACAAGCUUGUUGCGCGUGCGCCCUUCCCGCGCGGCAAGGCUGGCAACGGACAGAUCGCACGCUACGAGUACUACGUCGGCCGCAUCCGUGCUGUGCAGCUCAACUACUCCGAGGCGCACGCACACCUGCAGCAGGCCAUCCGGCGUGCGCCCUCCACCACGCCGGCGGCUGGUCAGGCCCCGGCUGCGUCGGGCGCUGCCAAGGCUGGCGCGGCCAGCAAGGCUGCCCCGACCGCCGGCAGCGGCGCCAUCAGCAGCAGCACGGCGCCAGCUGCGGGCUUCCUGCAGACAGCCUACAAGUUCCUCGUCGUCGUGGAGCUGCUGAUGGGCGACAUUCCGGACCGCAGCAUCUUCCGGACCGAGGUGCUGAAGCGCGCGCUUGCGCCGUACAUGGAGAUUGUGCAGGCGGUGCGCGUCGGCGACCUCUCGCUCUUCCAGAAGACGCUCACGACGCACGACGCCCUCUUUGCGGCGGACCGGACGCGCUCGCUGAUCCUGCGGCUGCGCCACAACGUCAUCAAGACGGGCAUCCGCACCAUCUCGCUGGCGUACAGCCGCAUCUCGCUGCACGACAUUACGCAGAAGCUGCACCUCGAGAGCGAGGAGGACGCCGAGUACAUCGUCGCCAAGGCGGUGCGCGACGGCGUCAUCGAGGCGCGCGUCGACCAUGAGCGCGGCGAGAUGCGCAGUGCCGAGACGGGCGACCUGUACGGCACCAACGAGCCGCAGGCGCAGUUCCGCCAGCGCGUCAACUACUGCCUGCAGCUGCACAACGAGAGCGUCAAGGCCAUGCGCUACCCGCUCAACAACCACAAGGCCGAGCUCGCGUCGGCGGUGGCGGCGCGCGAGCGCGAGCGCGAGAUUGCAAACGAGAUUGCCGACGGCGACGUGAGCGACGAGGACGACGACUGGGUGUAGUGGCUGAUGCUGGCGAAUGAGAAAUGCAUCCUCUUGCCUGGAAC